CACGGAGCAGCGGGCACUGCGCACUGACGGAGCACUGGCACAGAGCACGGACAAGUUGCAGGGAUCAGCAGCUGGCAAGGAUAUGACGGAAGUGUCGGAGGACCAGUAUUGGUCGGCGGUGACCAUAAACUACAGCUCAGAGUACCCCAACUAUCAAGAUUACGACGAGUCGGGCGGGAUGUGCCGAAGAUCGGAUGUCCGCCAAUUUGCCCGGUACUUCCUGCCGCCAUUCUACCUGGUGGUCUUCCUGCUGGGAUCUGUGGGGAACGUCCUGGUGGUGGUGCUGUACGCCUGCAACAAGAGGGUGAAGACCAUGACGGACGUGUACCUCCUCAACCUGGCCGUGGCCGACCUCCUCUUCCUCUGCACCCUCCCCUUCUGGGCCCUGGACGUGGUGAGCGGCUGGGUCUUUGGAGACUUCAUGUGCAAGGCGGCCGCCAGCAUCUACAAGAUCAACUUCUUCAGCUGCAUCCUGCUGCUGUCGUGCAUCAGCGUCGACCGCUACAUCGCCAUCGUGAUGGCCGUCAAGGCCAGGGGCUCCAGGAGGAAGAUGCUUCUUCGCAGCAAGAUGGCUUCCUUGCUGGUUUGGCUGUUGGCUGUGAUCCUGUCCCUGCCCGAAUUGUGCUUCAGCCGGCAGGACUCCGCGCAGGGCCGUUGCCUCACCGUGUACCCGGAGAAGGUGCUGAAGGCCUCGGGCCUAGCCGUGCAGGUGGCCGCCGGCUUCUUCCUGCCCUUCGCCGUCAUGGCCUUCUGCUACGCCACCGUGGUCUGGAAGCUGCUCCGAGCGCACACGCUCCAGAGGCACCGGGCCAUCAAGGUGGUCGGGACGGUGGUGGCGGCCUUCGUCCUCUCCCAGCUGCCCUACAACACCUUGGUCAUCGUCAGGGCCAUGGACGCCAUCAACAUCACCAUCACCGACUGCCAGACCCUCAAGAACUUGGACGUGGCCACCCAGGUCGCUCAGAGCGUGGCCUUCCUGCACUCCUGCCUCAACCCGCUCCUGUACGCCUUCAUCGGCGUCAAGUUCCGUAAAGAUCUGCUGAGAAUCCUGAAGGAUGUGGGAUGUGCCGGGACCGUCAAAGCCAAACCACAGCUAGGCCCGUAUAAGACAAACUCGAAGUUCCCCCCUGUGCAUUCAGAGACUGAAACGACAGCGACCUUCUCUCUAUAAACCUCCCCCCCCCCCCCAUAACAUUGGCCAAACACGAGCGUCUGAAGUACUAGGUUAGUUUAGAGGUGAAUUGAAUGAAUUGCCAGAGGAGGUAGUUGAGUCUGGGACUAU